AUGAAAAUGAAAGGGUCAGAGAUACAAAUCAAGAGCAACGGCAACGUUCAAAGCCAAGGCCAAGCUUCGAAGACUCAGAAACCCCAUUUCAGACCGGCUCAAGAUGACACUAAGCCUCCCUUUCGAGACCCAAUACUGAGAUCAGACCCCAUUGAAACAGAGGAAGCUGUGCUGAAAUUGCCGCCUUUUUCUAUUAAAAGAUUAUGAUUUUUCAGUGACGAUAAGUUUAAGAUAAAUGGGAUUUUCUUCUUUUUUAUUUUGUUUAGUGUUUUCAUGGAUUGUGGUUGUGUUUGGGACUUGAUUAGUGUUGAAUUAUGUAAUGAUGUAAUGUGAUUUUGCAAUUUUGCGUUGCUCUUUGAGAUAGUUUGAAAUUUUGA